AUGCUCAUCCUCCAAGACGUAGCCAUGGACAUCCGCACCAUCGACAAGGAAGAAAACAGGAGGCGCAUGAGAAACGGCGAGCUCUACUGGGCCUUUACCCCGGAUCUCAUCGCCGACAGGAAACGCUGCAAAGCCGCCUGCGACAAGCUAAACAACGCUGGUGAUGUCAGCCGCCGUACCCUCGUUGGCAUGUGGAAAGACAUCAACCGGGACACGAUCCCUCUCCCUCCGCCACGUCUCCGCCAUCAUGAGGACGAUGCCCUGCUUGAAGACUACCCGUGGAUCGAUACCCCGAUAAAGAUGGACUACGGCUACAAUGUCAAGCUCGGUGAGAAUGUCUACGUCAACUCCAACAGCACAUGGAUAGACACCUGUCUCAUAACCGUGGGCGACCGCACCCUCAUCGGUCCAAACUGCUCGUUCUACAGCGGCACACAUCCGCUGGAACCCCGUCUCCGCAACGGCACCCGCGGGCCAGAGUCGGGUAAGCCAAUCACCAUCGGUGAGGACUGCUGGCUCGGCGGCAACGUCAUCGUACUGCCCGGAAUCACCAUCGGCAAGGGCGUGACCGUCGGCGCCGGGAGCGUCGUGACCAAGGACGUGCCGGAUUUCGUAUGCGUGGCGGGCAACCCGGCGCGGGUAAUCAAGACUGUCGAGCAGUCGCAGCCGACGACAACAAAGCCGUCGGACGAAGUGUCAAACAGGAUCGUUCCUAGCUCUACUAUGUAG